AUGAACAAUCUGUAUUAUAAUUUUUUGAAUUUGGUUUGUGUAGGUGAUCAUGAAGAUGUUCCAAAACAUGGUCGUCCACCAACACAAGAAGAAUUGCAUCAAUUCUUUCUUCCCUUUCGUGGUUUUUGUGCUAGAAAAGGGAUUGAAGCAAAAGAAUUGGUUUUACAUGACAUUGAUGUUCCUAGUGCACUUACUGAUUAUGUUGUUGACAACUCUAUCAACAAUGUUAUUGUUGGUGGUUGUGCUUCCCCUUGGAGUGCUUUUAUAAGGAGAUUUAAAGAAGUAAAUGUUGCAUCUUCCUUAGCUAAAUCUUUACCAGAGUCAUGUACAUUACAUGUUAUAUCAAAAGGAAAAGUACAAAAAAUUCGACCAACAGGGCCUCCUAUUCCUGAACAUGAUGAAACUAGUACUCAACCUCAAAAUAUUGAAGUCACGCCAACUAGAUCUUUAAAAGACAUAGUUACACUAUUGCAAAAUGUAAAUAAGUUUCUUGGCCAUACGCCUGAUUCUGAUGAUAUAAGCAGGAGUUCAUCGAUAGAAGAUGCAAACAAAUUUUGGGAAUCAUUACAUGAUAUGAAAGAUGUUAUACCAUUGACACCACAUAUAUCCAAUAUUGUUGAAGAUAACUAUUCACCAAGAGGACCAAGAUUUUCAAUAGGAAGCACCUCAUCACAAACUUCAUCAAAUAGAAGUUCUUCUCCCAAUAGUAAUGAUAGUUUAGGGAAAAUAAGCAAUAAUAAUGAUGUCAAUUGCCCAUUUUCUCCAAAACCACCGGUAAGCAUCGAGACAGAAAUAAUGAAAUUAAAACUAGAAUUGAAGAAAGCAUCGGAGCAAUAUGGUAUAGUGUGCAGAGAAGCUGUUUUAGCAAAACAGAAGGCAAAUGAGCUUGAAAAGUUUAGACAAGAGAAAGAACGAAAUGUUGAAAAAGCCAGGCUUGCUGAAGAGGCUGCAUUGGCUUUAGCAGAAGUAGAGAGACAAAAAGCGAAGGCAGCUAUAGAAUCCGCCGAAAUGUCGCAACGUCUAGCAGAAAUGGAAACUCAAAAGAGAAAACUAGCUGAAUUAAAAGCUAAGCACGAUGAACAAUUUAGGAAAAGGACAAUACAUGAUGUUGUGUUUCAUAACAUUGCGUAUAGAAGAUACAGUAUUAAAGAAAUUGAAGUUGCAACCAAUGGUUUUGACAAUGCUCUCAAAAUUGGUGAAGGAGGGUAUGGACCUGUUUUUAAAACUGUACUUGAUCACACUGUUGUUGCCAUAAAGGUUCUUAGACCUGAUUUAGCCCAUGGAGAGAGGCAAUUUCAACAGGAGGUUCUUGUUUUGAGCACCAUAAGACAUCCCAACAUGGUGCUCCUUCUAGGUGCAUGCCCAGAGUUUGGAUGUCUUGUGUACGAACACAUGGAAAAUGGAAGUUUAGAAGAUCGCUUAUUCCGAAAAGGCAAUAGUCCACCAAUUCCAUGGAAAAAUCGUUUCAAAAUAGCAUAUGAAAUUGCGACUGGCCUUCUUUUCCUUCACCAAAGAAAGCCUGAACCACUAGUACACCGUGAUAUGAAACCAGGAAACAUUCUCUUAGACAAAAAUUAUGUUAGCAAGAUUAGUGACGUUGGUUUGGCACGACUCGUUCCAGCUUCAGUAGCUAACAAAACCACUCAAUAUCGCAUGACAGGUGCUGCUGGAACAUUUUGUUACAUUGAUCCUGAGUAUCAGCAAACUGGGAUGUUGGGUGUAAAAUCAGAUAUAUAUUCAUUAGGCGUAGUGUUACUACAAAUUAUUACUGCAAAGCCUCCAAUGGGUUUGUCACAUUUGGUUGAAGAGGCUAUCCAAAAAGGAGACUUCAUAGAUGUGCUUGAUUCAAGUGUGCCAGAUUGUCCUAUUGAAGAGACUUUAUCAUUUGCUAAGUUGGCCUUAAAGUGUUGUGAGUUGAGAAAACGUGAUAGACCUGAUCUUGGUACUGUCAUUUUGCCAGAGUUGAAUAGAAUAUCACAAAUUCUAGAAUGUGAUGAAGAUUGAGGGGCCUAUCAAACUAGUGCAUUUUUGAAAAAAUUGCAUGCACAUGUAGUGAUAAACAAAGACACAUAUUUUUUCCUUUGGUAUUAACCUUAUAGUUCCUAGGGGAACGCAACCUCUGUAAUUCAUAGUUUGGUUGGAAGAUAAGUAAAAUCUGUCAAAAAUUGUUCCUAUCAGGAAUCAAACUUGGGUUCUCCCGAACGAUUCGUCCUAGAAAGAGCUCAUUAAUUACUC